AUGGGCUCAUUAAAAGUGUUUUCAGUGGGUAGAUUAGUGAAGUAUGUUACAGAUUCGAGUCUAAAAACAUUGCGAGGGAAUAUUUACAGAUCAUCGGUUCGAGGUUACAGCGCUGAAGAGAAGGCAGCAGAAGAUGCAUCAGGGGAUAAACAACUGCCGACAACUUUGGAGGAGUGUCACAAACAAAUUGAAAGCCUCAGUAUAGAGGUUACAACACUCAAACAGCAAGCUAAGGAUUAUGAAGACAAAUACAAGCGGGCUCUAGCUGACGGUGAGAAUAUCCGACGUCGUAUGAUGAAACAGGUCGAGGACGCAAAGUCUUUUGCCAUACAGAGUUUCUGCAAGGAUCUCCUCGAUGUAGCGGACACGUUGUCGGCUGCGGCGGAGAGUGUCCCGGAGCGCGCCGAGUCGAGCGCGGAGGGCGCGGCGGCGGCGCUGCGCUCGUUGCACGACGGCGUGCGCCUCACGCGCGCGCAGCUCGAACAGGUGUUUGCUCGUCACGGGUUAGUUGCAGUUUCACCGUUGAGGGAGAAAUUCGACCCCAAUCUACAUGAAGCGCUAUUCCAACAGGAAGUGGAGGGAUGUGAACCUGGGACAGUGGUGGCUGUGAGCAAAGUGGGCUACAAGCUGCACGAGCGCUGUGUACGUCCCGCAUUAGUGGGUGUGUCUAAAGGUUAA